GCUAACAACAAUUUUGGCGGUAACUUGGAUGUAGACGACGUCUUGCAUACAUAUUUAUGUACACAUAGUAGAAAAAAUGGAAUGGCAGUACCUAAAAAACGCGGCACAUGAAAACUUUGAGAGAAAUGAGGAAGUAACUAUAGUUCUGGGCAAUGAAACUUGUGAUGUUGAUUCUGCAGUGUGCUCACUAGUGUAUGCAUAUAUAAGACAGGGCCUUAGCGCUGUGUUGCAAGAAACCAAACACUAUAUACCUGUGCUUAAUAUAAAUGAAGAAGAUAAAGUACUCAAAGCUGAAGUAUUCUAUUUUCUUGAAAAAUGUGGUGUACCAGCUGACUGCUUGCAAUUUAGGGAUACAAUAGACCUCAAACAUAUCAAGUCAUCUUCACAUUUGGAAGUCAUAUUAGUUGACCAGCAUACUUUAUCAGAGAGGGAUCUAUGGCUGAAGUCACAUGUGGCAGAAGUUAUUGACCAUAGACCUUUAGACCCAGACUGGGAUUGGAAGAAUACUUCGAAAACAGUUGAAUCUGUUGCAUCCUGUGCAACUUUGAUAGCAGAGAAAGUUAUAAAUCAAGAUGCACUUCCAGUUCCUCGCAGUAUGCUCAUACUGUUAUAUGGUGCAAUACUUUUAGACACAUGGUGUUUUGCAGAAAAUCCCAAAUUAUAUACUGAGAAGGAUAAAAUAAUUGUGGAGGAGCUAUACAGAAAAAUCAACAACCCAACUUUUGUGGGUCUUUUGAAGGAUGAAGAGUUAAUUGAUGGUGACCAUUUAUUUGAAGACCUUUUGUCUGUUCGUUGCAAUUUAACACAAUUGACAGUACCGCAGAUACUGAAGAAAGACUUAAAAAUUUCAUGUGGAAUACCAAUUCCUGUGCUUCCUGUUCUAGUUCAGGAAUUUUUGAAAUUACAUGCUAUUGAGGAACUGCAGAAGUUCACAAGCAAUUUUGCAUAUAAAGGCAUUAUCUUAAUAGGAGUAACAUUUUCAAAUGGCAGAUAUGCACAAGACAUAGCAGUAUUCUCAACAGACAAAUAUUUCUUGGACUUGAUGACAGAUACAUUGGUUGCUUCAAGAGAACCUGACCUCCAGCUGAACGAAGUGACAGUCUACACUAACAUGGAGUAUAUAAAAGUCUUCACACAACAGAAUUUUAAGGCAACUAGGAAACAAAUUCUGCCCAUUGUGAGGGAAUUUAUGAGACAUUUCCUAAGUCCUCCAACAGAAGGUUGAGUCUCAUGCCUCCAUUAUAGACAGGGAUGUGUGUUUUCAUUUUGUUUUUCCAUUUAAGAACAGAUAUGUUGAUUUUCUUUUAGUAUUGCUACUAAUGCAUGCCAAAUUAGUAAUAUUGUAGAGAGACAUUGAAAGUAAGAAUUGUACUGUAAUUUGUAUCCCUAUGUACCUUAAGUGUUUUUCUUUUUCAGUUUUCACAUGUUAGUUGUAUUGUGUUAAUGUAAUGUUACCUUGACUCUCGUCUCUCUAUGAACAAGCCUUUUGGAAAUAUUUCAUUGACUAUAGCAUAGUGCCUUAGUGAUCCCUUAGUUUGCUAUUAUUACACAACAUAUAUAACACAGGUACAGUAAAUAUUAACUAUGACUGCAUUACAUUACAUGAAUUAUUGACUAGAGGAGGUUCUAAGAUGAGGAAUGAAGUCAAAGAUGGAAAUUUCAUUUCAGUGCAAUACAAAAAAUUACAUAAGGUUACAAAAUGUUAUAAUACUGCAGUGCUAAUAUCAAUUAUGUGAUAACCAAAUGCAUUAGUUUUAAGAACUCCUGUGGGGACAUUCUUCGAUGGUUUAGAAAUAAU